GUCCAUUGACUGUUGCGUCACUAUUCACCGGGCUUAGAGCACGUGGUCACUUUCCGGAUGUGCGUCACGAUGACGUCACCAGCGCGUAAUCAUUCCGGGACCCACCUAGUGGCGAGCACUCGCGCGCUCCGAAGCUCCUCAGACAUUUACGUUUAAUUUAACAUUUUAACGUAAAUAUUCGACAAUUUUUUAUAUUUUCUUAUUCUCAUCAAGCAAGUGUGGGUUUUCCUCACAAUUUCGGAAGGAAAGCAGGACGCUUUUGUGAAAAGUAUCCGAGACUCUGAGAACAAUCCCUGGUUAUGGCUGAAAACAAAGAUACGAGUGUGCCUGGCCAGGCGUCGCCAAUGGAUGAAACUAUCGUCUUCGCAGAGGCAGGGAUGUGCUGCACGCCUGCCGAUGUCCUCGUGAAAUUCCGAGAGAAGAUGACGGAAUUUGAGUGUGAUGAGAUCCUUACAUACAAAUGGAUAUAUUAUUUCAAGAUGCGUAGUGCGACAGAAGGUGCCUCCAAUAUCGGCUACGAUGAUGAAAAUAACCACUACAUACCGGUCAUCGAUGAGCAUCUGGCAUAUAGGUACCAAGUACUGAAGGUACUUGGAAUAGGAGGUUAUGGCCAGGUGCUCCAGUGCCUGGAUCAUAAAACGAAACAACAAGUGGCUCUUAAAAUGUUCAAGCAUGAUUCAAGCAUCGUCCAAAAUACGUACAACCCGGAGAGGGAAAUCCUAAAUGUCUUGAAGUCGGUGGACGGCAAUAACAUCAUCAGACUCCUUCAAACCUUCAGAUUCAGGGGCCACUAUAAUAUGGUUCUUGAACUUGUCUUAGGAGGAACCCUGAAAGAGGAACUCUCAAUCACCUGCAAGGUUGAUUUACCCAAAAUCAGGCUCUACAUGAGAUCCAUUCUGAAGGCCCUGGUGAAACUCAAGAGUGAGGCAAUCAUUCACGGAGAUCUGAAGCUAGAAAACAUCCUCGUCAAAGACCAUGACACCGGCGAUGUCAGGCUCGCAGAUUUUGGCCUCAGCGUUCGCGAGCGUCGCAAUUUCUUCACGCACCGCGGCACCAAGGGUUACAUGGCCCCGGAGAUGUACCUCAAUCUCCCGGUCACGUGCUCAGUGGACAUGUGGUCCCUGGGUUGCAUCGCAGCAGAGCUCGCCACCGGGAGCCGACUCUUCACGAAAAAGCAAAUAUAUCAUGUUGGGCGCAUCAUACAGGUGCUGGGGCUUCCGCCAAUGAACAUCGUAACAGCCUCGAAAGUCAAGAUUAUUCGCUUUGAUGAUGAAGGUGGCGUUUAUUCCAACGGCAGGAAAACCAUCCCGGGCAGUGACCCCCUCGACAAACUGCUUGGGAUCGAAAAUAUUCAUUUCCUCCACUUUGUCAGAAGAUGCCUUGAAUGGGAUCCUAUUCGGCGGCUCACACCCCAACAGGCCCUGGAUCAUCAGUGGAUACGUGGCACCUCACCCGACCCGGCUGUGGUGCCUCAGUCGGUGGUGGCGAGCCCAUCCCUAGACCCAGCAGCACCAGUGCCUUCUGACGCACACGAGACAACUUAUCUCACUCCUGGCAAUUGCGGAACCAUUUCUGGACCAUCCGAUCCAGAACCCGUCCCAUCGCUACUGGCGUCCACCAACACAAGGAAGUCGUAUGUGACUGCUCUUGAAUCAAAUUGUGAGCUACCGGGGGACGUGAUCUCCCUAUCACUACCAACAUCCAUCCACGCCCAGGGGCAAUGUGACGAGUGGUCGAGCGGCACUCAGUGGGGCCUCUGUGAAAACAUCGGCGGUGAAGAAAUUGAGUCGACCAUGAGGCAACAGUGGGAGCCUAUUCGUUGCCCCAGCAAGGAACAUCACGAUGAGGGGAAGGAAGAUGCCGUCACCUUCCCCAGGGCAACGCAAGCGAAGGGGCCUCGGCGGAGAUUCCCACGUGUGAAGAAUGGCUUCCGGGCACUUCUUUGCUUCAUCCGGAAGUACUGCUGCUGCGGUGUGGGCCUAGUAGGCUGAAGGCCCAGGCAGUGAAGUACAGGGUAGUGAGUGUGGGGGGGUGGGGGGGGGGGAAUUAACCCCAUGCCUUGCGAAUUUGUUGUUCCCCUAGUAGCUGCUACGUGACAUGGAACCCAGCGGCAGGAGAGGCGACGGCAGAAACGCUGAGGACUCGUCACGGACUUGGGGAGUCGUCUGGUGCCAGCAGUCCGCGGAGAAGACCGGGCGAGCCAGGGGGAGUGUAAGAUGGCUGCCCAUCAUCACACCGCAGACGCAUGGGACUAGCCCUGAUGAAUGGCCCCUCACAAUCGGACCUCUCCCCUGGGGUUUUCUUCCCAGGCAGCCUAGUGUGCGAACUCAGCCAAGGGUUUCCCAGAGGGGAGAGAUUUGGCCAAAGUCCGAUGUGAGUUGGGAGCCCCGGCCCCUGUGACGAGAGUGAGUUUGCCACGAGACCACCUCCAGGAGAGUCCGGAUGACAGAAAAUGGACACAUGAUAACCGUGUUGUAUGCUAAGAAACACACAGCACCCAGUGUUUUUCGUGGUUAGUUGUCACCGGAGCCUUUAGUGAGUCAGCUAAUAUUGCAUUCUCUCACCCGUCCGUGUCUAUGUCGAGACCCGGCCGUGACUCGUGUGCAUUUGAGAUGCGAUCUUAGUGGUAUCCUGAAGCAAGUUAGAGGCCCGUGUUGACCGUGCAUUCCAUUGGCAUUUUGUGUACCCAAAAGUUUCCGAUUUAAUAAAAAUA